AUGGUGCCAAUUAACCAAAGAAGAAACCUCAACAGAGAAUUACCUGAAAGUAUAAACAUCGCAGUGGGUAGGUUCCUGGUAAUUGACAACUUGGAAGAAAGAAAACAUGAUAGAUUUCAUCUUUCAUUUUGUAAAAAGUUAAAGGAUGUUGCCAAUACAGAUUUGAAUAAGGUUGAGCUGGUUAAUCUAACUGAUGUUCUUGGUCUUUGUGGGCAACUAGUGGUUAAAAAUGAUUUCAGUAAAUUCAAUGUUAAAGAAGAUUUGACUAACCUUGAGCAAAUAAACAAUAAUGAUUAUGUUCACUAUUUCAUGAAACAAAAUACCAUCAACUGGGCAAAGUUUGCAGAAGCUCAUCAAAUAGUCAGAUAA